ACUAACGGUGGUGCCGAAAAAGAAAACAGCCGAAAAAGUUGAAAUCAAACAAAUAGCGGAAAAUACGAGAAGUAAACGAAGUUCAUAUAUUACUUCGACGCGCGUGAUGAAGGAGAACAACAAAAUCCUCCAGCUCAUCUAUGUGGCGUGGCGCGAACGCUGGUCGGACUCCCAGUGGGGCAUUAACAUAAAAAAGGUGCUGCCAAGGGGAGUCAGUGGCGAUGUGUAUAAUCUAGCCGAUUGCUUGAUGCAGCAGGCACUUAUUGGCUCCACAGCAAACCCGUUGGUUCUGAACUACCUAAAGCACUCGCUGUGCGCCCAUCUUGUCUCACAUGCUGCUGUUAUUCGUUGCAUUGCGAAAUAUGAUAAACUAGAGCGCGUCUAUUGCAUCACAGCGCUUCUGGAGUUCUUGGCCAGUAUAGUGGAUGGCGUAACCUGCCGAAUUAAAUCUGAGGAAGCUGUGUUACCGAGCUCAGUGGUUCAUCUGGUCUAUUGGCUGCUCCAGAUCUUUGCUAGAACCGUCCAACACUAUGAACUUUAUGGGGAGAUUAGCGCUGAGCAAUCGUAUAUGCUGGAUCAGACCUGUGUGGUGAUCGAACGCCUAAGCCAGCAGCAGUUCCUGCUCUCUAUGCUGUACGUGGGCUGCCACGAAGAACUAGAAAUAUGUGGAAGGAUUCGGGAUAAGUACGCCAGCAUCAAAGGAUCGCUAACGAACUCCAAUUUCACGCUAAAUGCGCCGAACGUGGAGCAACAACUUCAGCAGUUGGCUUAUAUUGAAGCCAAGCACCUUGACAUACAGCCAUUAAAUCCCCCUUCAACGCUGGAGAAGAUCUCUUGCUGUGUACAACCUUUGUUGGCGGUUGAAGUGCUUCUCAAUCCCUGCAAGGAUACCAGCUACUACGUGGCUGAGCUGCAGAUGUUGCAGCGAUUGAAAAUGUACUCAAAUACGCGCCUCUUCUACGAAAUUAUUCGUGCUGGAUUUCUCACGCUGAGCAAUGUUGCGGAUACAAGUCCGGACACCAUGUGGGGUGCUUUUAUGUUCUUUAAGAUGCCGCACAUUAUCAAGCAGCUGCACGCCUUGCAGCGGAUUCCCGGGGAGCAACCACCGCCAGCAGAUUAUAUACCUGAGUUGGUUGAGGCUUUGGAGCUCCUUAUUGAGGAUAACCUGCUGCUAGACUUUAUGGACACCAAGUGCUCGUGCAAUAUGAUCGAGUUCCUUCUAAAUGAUUGGACCAAGCAGCAGUUGGUAAGCGAUGUCCAUGUAAAGAAGUUCGCUGGUCAAAGGGAAGUCGCCUCUCAGCUACUAAAAAAAUGCGACAAUGGUCAACAGACACCCUCCAACAUAAACUUCAUCAAGCGCGCAGAGGUUCCGCUUUCGGGAGUGCUAAAGACACUGUGUACCAACAAGGUGCAGGAUAUGGUAAAUGUCCUUUGCCAGGUUCCGGUGGGAAACAGCUUCGAGUUGAUUCUUUCCGUGGCCACUGUAGAAGGACGCCUCAAGACAUUCGUAUCGCGCUUGAUCCAGUGCAAUGAGAACUCCAAGCCGGUUCCGGGCGAGCUGGGCAAGCUCUGCGUCAUUCGCUCCACGCUUUUUGAUGUAUCUUUUUUGAUGUUGACUAGCAUUGUUCAAACCUAUGGAUCCGAUGUGGUCUUAUCUGAACGUGGCGACUCCUUCUUUGAGAAAUGGGUGCGUGAGUGCAUGGUGGAACGAAAUAAGCUUAAGAACCCCCGCCAAAUUCUUGCCCUUUGCGAUGAUGCGAUUGUGGACGAGCUUUUGCUUAGUUUAAGCAAACCAGAGGCAGCUCAACUAAAGCCAAGUAGUUUAAGUUGGCAGGAGACUUGCCUAAAUCUGCCUGGAGUGCUCCAUCACGUCCUUAUAGCUUGGGAACAGGAGACCCUCUCUUCAGCAGAUGUAAAAAGUAUUCUGGAUAAUAUUAAGCGGAGACUGUUCAGCUUCUCCGUCUGCGCGACUAGUUUCCUGUGUGCCUACAUGUAUUCGGUGAAAGAAACAGAGCUUCUGAAGCCACUGAACAUGAUACAGCAAUUCUUGGCGCCGUUAACCAGCGAGGAGCUCUCUAGCCAGGAAAAUGCAAAGGAGCGUCUUGCUCUGUCUUAUCAAAUCAUCAGGAAAAUGCAACAUGAUGUGCAUCCUGCACCAAGCACAAAAUCCCGCCUGAUUUCACACUCCCCACUGGUCGAGCAAUUCCGAGAGGUGUGGCGUACAGUAGUCGAUGCUGGUCAUCUGCCCGUUCGCGCUGCCCAGUCAUUGGAGUCCCUGCUCCUGGCCGGCGGAGCGGCGUGGCUGACGACACAGAUGGUUGAACAGUUGCUAGCCUGCAAGUACACAAGGGAUAUGUCUCGAUCGAUGGAUGUAGUGUUUGCUGUAAUGCACCUUGACAUUGAGAAGACCACAGAAGCCUUGCUGCAGUACGUGGUAGCCCCAUUAAUACUUCGGCGACAAGGUGACGACAUAAAUGAGCCCCAAUCUCUUGUGCUGGCCCGCCUAUGUGUAUAUUGUAUUAUCUCCUGCCUGGAAAUCCGUAAAGGGAAUGCCUCAUCCGCUUUGACAGCCAUGAAAAAGCGAUCAAGAUCUCACGAUGAGGAGGAACUGGCGGCAAACGCAGCCAAGGUACGCAAGGUUAUUGGUGAAGGCAGUGACAACUCCAGCGACUUUGCCGAAUCCGCAGCCGGUGGCGGUCUAGCAGCUUUAUUGGGAUCAACAUCCAGCACCGAGUUGCGGACCACGCCGCUAACAUUAAGAGAACCACUACACACCAGUGUUCAGCAUAUUUUUGGAGUAUUUGUGCAGUUUGUCAGUGGAGAUGAAUUGUCGCCUAAGGCAGUCUUUGUCUAUCAGUUCAUAUCGCUGCUGGUGGAAUGUGGUGGUGAUCGAGUGGCCCCCGUGCUACGACUGCUGCCCACCACCUUGGUUCAGCAGUUGCUUAAGGUUCUGGUCACCGACGAUAUACGAGUGGGUUUGAUCAGCAGACUAUACGACCUACGACUCCAAGCAGGAAGACAGUCGGCGGUGGCCGAUUUAUGUCUAUGGCGGAAUAUGCAGAUGGCCAGGCACAGCAUUCACCUGUGAGAAAUUUCGAGGAGUGCCUUCUGAGGCGUGCCGAUUAAUAUUAAGAGACGGGCGGGAGAAAUUGCUAAAUGAAUUGUAUUAAAAACUAGAAAUUGGUGA